AAAAAAGUGACAGUAUUUGAAAAAGCUUAAUAUUUCUCAGAAUAUAAAGCUCGACGCACUCCUCGGAAAGAUCAAAAUUGCACACUAUUGAUCCUCUGAAGCGAUUUCGCUCUCAGGCUUCGUGUAGGACAAAACGUUGUGUGACUGUGGGGCUGUUCGCUGUCCGUUGGCUGAAUAAUUUUCGCAAAAAAAAUCGCAAAUCGCAUGAAAUGUUUUUUAACAGUAUGGAUUUCAUCCUAAUACAACGAAAUCUCAGGAUCGUGUAAGAAUAAUUUGACGGAUUUCCUGAACAAUGAUGAAUGACUUCCUAGUUCAAAAGAUCGAAAUUAUAUCCUCUGGAUAACUAUAUCAUAGACCUAGUGCGUGGGAACGUGUGGACUAGUGGACCGGAUUGCAGUAUUCCGAAGCAAUGCUCUUUUGCCUGCUGCUUAUGGUACUGUUUCAGAUCUUCAACCUCAUAAAUUUUCACAAUAAUUAAUAAAGAUUGGCAGACCCGUCGAUAUUUCUCCCGGUCAGACUAACCGACACUAUUCGCACUACUUAUCUUCCAAACGACGAUGAAAAUAUAAGGAAACAUAUUCAACCAUUAUUGCGUUCGAGAAGAUCACUCUAGAGAAUCAGCUAGAUGCAGAUGACAGCACAGAGAAAAAAGACAAUUAGUAUGAACAAUAACUACAAAACCAGCCAUAAUCACACCCAUUCUGAAAGGAAGUCUUCUACAAGGCUUGGAACGAUUUCUUUAUCAAGCUCGCGAGUAACUCAAAGUCUAUCGAGUCUCGGACGUACAAAGAUUUGUCUGGAAAGAACAAGCGAUUCCAGAAUAUCUCGAAACUCCUAGAGAAGUUAAUCCUAACACGGCUUUAACCUCAAAUAAAAACAGCAAUUGUAGUUUUGCUAAAAAACGGAACAAAGCGUUUGUCGGAGAAGAUUGUAGUUCGACCAGUACAAUGGCGUCUUCCACGAUGUCUUGGGCAUCAGUUCUAUCUUCCGCACCGGCGAUUUCUAGUGAAACUAUUCCACUUCAUCAUAAACAACAAUUGGCAAGUGAGAUAAAAUUAUCCAAAAGUGCAACCCCGAAUGAGAAAUUCACAAAAUCGAACUUGAUUAAAACCAAAAGCCUACCGAUUCAAUCCAGGAACGGCAAUGUGCCUUCUCCGGUUCUGCAUUCUACGACAGGAUCGACGAAACGUUCCUGUGACAUCAAUGGCAGUAGGAACCUUAGCAGCAAUGGUGGUUCUCGAAAUGGCAAUAAAAACAUGGGAAAUGGGAAGCCAGUAAAACAUUCAGGCAAAAAUUCGGAAAAAUCGAGCGAAAAUCUCUCGAAGAAAAACGGACACCUCCCUCAUGAACGACCUCUUGACCGUGAACGUGAGUCGAACAAUCAGGACAAAAUAGAUUCAAAACCGGAAAACUCGUACAACUCACAGGCGGCACUAUUUCCCCCAUUGAAUUCUACUGAAUCACAAAUCGCUACCACCAGCAAUAUGAGCUGUUUGAACAGCAAUAAAUUAACGGCAAGUCAAGAUACGGCGCCCUCCAGUGCGGGGGGCAAAAAUGGGACGCUUUUCAGCGAUGUUUUACGACAGGCCCCUACUGAUAGUUCUAACGGAACAACAUCAUCAGUUGAACCCAAUGCGCCGAAGGGUGAUUCCAACACUUCAACGAAACUACAGAUUCGUGGCAUGAGAGGAAGUGGCUUCCGGGACGACGCGACGAAAUCAACUGGAUCAUUUCAGAGGAAUCAAGCUCCGAAGGGUGCUACAAAUAUAUUCAACAAGGCGAGAGAUGAUUCCAAUAACUUGGAUCGUGAAUGGAGCAGAAAUGUUUUUCGGAGCGGCGCAAUGAAAUCAACUGGAUCAUUGCAAAGGAAUGAAUCUCCAAGAGUUUCUGCAAGAAUAUACGGGACAACGAAAGAUGAUUUCCACAAUUACGAUCGUGAAUGGGGCAGAAAUGUUUUUCGGAGCAGCGCAACGGAAUCAACUGGAUCAUUGCAGAGUAAUGAAGCUCCAAGAGUUUCUGCAAGUUUAUACGGAGCAGCGAAAGAUGAUUCCAAUAACUUGGAUCGUGAAUGGGGCAGAAAUGUUUUUCGGAGCGGCGCAACGGAAUCAACUGCAGCAUUGCAGAGUAAUGAAGCUCCAAGAGUUUCUGCACGAUUAUACGGAGCAGCGAAAGAUGAUUCCAAUAACUUGGAUCGUGAAUGGGGCAGAAAUGUUUUUCGGAGCGGCGCAACGGAAUCAACUGCAGCAUUGCAGAGUAAUGAAGCUCCAAGAGUUUCUGCACGAUUAUACGGAGCAGCGAAAGAUGAUUCCAAUAACUUGGAUCGUGAAUGGGGCAGAAAUGUUUUUCGGAGCGGCGCAACGGAAUCAACUGCAGCAUUGCAGAGUAAUGAAGCUCCAAGAGUUUCUGCACGAUUAUACGGAGCAGCGAAGGAUGAUUUCCAAAAUUACGGCGCAUUGAAAUCAACUGAAGCGUUUUGGAAGAACGAAACUCCGAAAGAAGCUGCAAAUAUAUACGGCGAAGUGGAAGGUGAUUUCAAAAAUUCCGAUCGUGUCCCGGGCGCAAGUAGUUUUCGGAGCGAUGCUAUCAAAUCAAUUGGAUUAUUUCAGAUGGAGAAAGCUCCAAAGGGAGUUGCAACUAUAUUCGACAAAUCAAAAGAUUUGAAUAACGUUGAUCGUUUUUUGGACGGAAGUUGUUCUCAAAGUGGCACAAUGAAAUCAGUUGGAUCAUUUGGAAAGAACGAAGCACCGAAAAUAGUUGCGAGUGUAUUCGGCAAAGCGAAAAAUGAUUUCGAAAAUUUUUAUCGUGUCUUAGGCGCAAGUGAUUUUAGGAAUGGAGAAAUGGAAUCAAUCAAUUUAUUCCGAAAGGACGAAGCCCCAAAAGUGGAUGCAAAUAUGUUCGGCAAAGCGAAAGAUUCGAAUAACUUUGAUCGUGUUUUGGACGGAAGAUGUAUUCGAAGUGGCGCAAUGAAAUCAACUGAAUCAUUUGAGAAGAACGAAGCACCGAAAGUAGUUGCGAGUGUAUUCGGCAAAGCGAAAAAUGAUUUCGAAAAUUUUUAUCGUGUCUUAGGCGCAAGUGAUUUUAGGAAUGGAGAAAUGGAAUCAAUUAAUUUAUUCCGAAAGGACGAAGCCCCAAAAGUGGAUGCAAAUAUGUUCGGCAAAGCGAAAGAUUCGAAUAACUUUGAUCGUGUUUUGGACGGAAGAUGUAUUCGAAGUGGCGCAAUGAAAUCAACUGAAUCAUUUGAGAAGAACGAAGCACCGAAAGUAGUUGAGAGUGUAUUCGGUGAAGCGAAGAAUGAUUUCAAAAAUUGUGAUCGAGUAUUGGGCGCAAAUGAUUCUCGGAACGGAGCAAUGAAAUCAACUGGAAUAGUUGCAACUAAAUUCGACAAAUCGAAAGAUGUUGUACAUGUUGGUUCGGAGUCUGAUUCAAUCAAAAUCCCAAAAUUUUUACAGGGAUCAGGCCCAGAAUUCGAACUACUCUUUUAUAAGAGGUAUCUCGCUCGCAAUCGUAACCUGCAAAAUCGAGGAGCCAUUCAUCACGCUGCAGCCAACAAUAAGGAACGUUUCGAAGAACCGUGCUCAUCUACAUCCAACGAUUGGCGUUCACCGAUUGGCAGAUCCGUCGAUGUUCCUCGGUCAGACUAACCGAUAACAUCAGCCAACCACCCCAACUACGUCCGCUGUACCUAUUAUUGACUUAAACUUAUAUGUAACAAAUAACGAUGGUUUAUAAGCAGUUAAAGCUGCAACAAUCUACUCGACAAAACGCGCUACUGAAUCCACAAGAUAAUGUGAGGGAGCCCAUGUGGACGCAAUUUUUCGCCACUAGUCUUUCAAUCAGUUUCAAUUACCGCGCUAACAGAUAAAAUAUAUUGACAAGGCGAUAAUCGCGCAAAAGUACAAUUAAAUGUAAUAAAAGAAUGCAUAAUUCA